CACCGCGGGCGGGGGGCGGAAGUAACGGACGGGGGGCGCCCGACCGGCGCUCCUGGCCUUAUUUAGUCAAGGAGGCCGCCGAUUGGCGCGCGGGACAGAGUGGCGGCGGCGGAGCAGCCCGGGGGCGCAGGGAACGGCCCGGCGCCUCCGAGGGGGCAGGGUGGGAGCCUGAGGAGUCCGGAGCUGAGGGCAGCGGGGGACGCCGGGCCACCUGCUCCUGGGAAGUGCGCGGGCAGCCGGAGCGGCCCGGGCGAGGCCUGGAGCCCGCGGGACACGGCGGGGGCUGGACCGCGCGCUGUGAUUUUUCUGUUUUGCAGCUGGGCCUCGCCCAGAGUCGCUCCGGGGCUGUCCUGGGUUAUGCUCUGUGAAAUUAGUGGCACAGGGCGGCCGCCACCCUUCUGGAACUGGAGCUGAGAGGGGAGCUGGGGGGAGCUGGGCGGCCCCCGGAGCUGGGAGAGUCAGCAGCUGCGCUUCCGCCAGAGGUGGGUGUGUCCUUCACAUUUCAGGAACGCAGACUUGGGGCUCAGAGGAGCGAUGUGAUUUUUCUUAUCUAGUUCAGUGCUGGCUUUGGUGGCUUUUUUUUUUUUUUUACCAUCAGCAAUGUGAAAAGUGGUUUUUUAUUAUGACCUUGUUAUGUCUUGUUUCAAUUUCGGCCCAUUUGGUGGAUAUGAGAACGGUGGCCCAGGGAGGUGGCCUGAGUUGGGAGGUGUGGCAGAGCUGAGACAACCCAGGGCCUGCACCCCCUACGGCCUGGCACUGCCCCACCUCUAGGUCCUUGCCCUGUACUUCCCUUUACACUGGGUCAGCCUCCAGACUGUGGGUAAUUUCCACACCGUUGACAUUUCCCCCCCAGCCCUUACCGCCUCCCACCUGGCCAAGACUGGCUACUAGUCAGACAGGGGCUUAGGCAUGGGUCCCCACCCGUGGCCUUUGCCUCUGUCACUCCACCUGCCUGGAAUGUCUUUUCUUUCUUUCCUUCUUUUCUUCCUUCCUUCUUUCCCUCCCUCUGUCGCCCAGGCUGGAGUGCAGUGGCAUUAUCUCAUACUGCAAUCUCUGUCUCCCGGGUUCAAGUGAUUGUCGGGUCCCAGCUUCCCAAGUAGCUGAGACUACAUGGAUGCACCAUCACACCUGGCUAAUUUUUGCAUUUUUGGUAGAGACAGGCUUUCGUCUGCAGUCUGGAACUCCUGACCUCAAGUGAUCCACCCACCUAGCCUUCCACAGUGCUGGGAUUACAGGCAUGAGCCACCACGCCCAGCCUGGAAUGUCUUAUCUUUCCCAGCAAAUGAAACGACAGACCCUGAACAGAAAAAGGAAAACUAGCAAACCCCAAAGCCUCAAGUUUGGUCGUAAGUACCGAAGUUAAUUCCUCAGUUCUGGCAGUUGUCCCAUGACCCCUUAAGAUGCCAGCGUUAGGGGGCACUGGGAGUAGAGCAUUGGGGAACCUUCCUUUUCUGUAAUUCUAAAGUUAUCCCAUAAUAGAAAACUAAAGAAAUCCCAGGAAAUGAAAGCUUACCUACUCUCAGCCCCCUUCCCUAUUCUCCCACACCCUUUCAGACAGAUCAAGUGCAGGGUGAUGGUCCUGUUUCCUGAAACUCUUUCCUGGGCCAAGCGGGCUCCGUCUCUUCAGGAACAGUGGUCCUGCAGGCAGUCCUGGUGGGCGAGGCCAGUUUCCUGUAGCUCGGCCUGGCUGCCUCUGAGUUUUGGCUCAAGGGACAAGGCCAGGGUCCUACACUUCUGUCUCCUGGCUGGUGCCCAGCUUGGGGCUUGGUUCUCCUGCCCCACUGUACAGACUGAAGCUCAGGAGGUUCAGCUGGCCAUACUGCCGCCCCCACCCUGCAGAAUCACUGGGCAGGUGGCUGUGAGUGGCCAGGUGCUAGGAUGUACUCUGCGUGUGUCAUCCAAGUCUCACCACCAGAGGACAGUCCCAGACCGUGCCAUUUUACAGGGAGGGAAACUGAGGCAGUCUCCUGGGUCAGGAUAGUGAGCCAGAAGCAAGGUCACAUCCUGGGAGGUCAAGAAGGUUCUGGAGGGGCAGUGUGGGCACUUCACACAAGGGCUAGGGGCUGGGGUUCACAGAGAUACUAAGGCCAAGAGUCCCUCAGCUGCACCCCCCACCCAGCCCUGGCCCACUCCUGCUGCUCCAGGCCUUCUGGAGACAGGAACCUCUUGCAGUUUACCUGAGGCUUCCCAUCCCAGCUGUGCAGCAGGAACCAAGGAGGCCCAGGAAGAGCCCUGAGAUGGGAGUCGGACACCCACGUUCUGGGCCCGGGUCAGUGCUUGUGCCUACCAUGUGAUCUUUCUGUACCCCAUUUCUUGUCAGGUGUGUGGCCCAUCAAGGGCUCUGAGGCUGCUUGCCCUCCUGUGUGGACAAGAAGUCUGGGGAGAGGAGGGCACCAGGUGGCCCAGCAAACCCCCCAGGCCUCUUGCCUGACACCCAAGGGUUCAGUUUCAGUGAUGAGUAAGACAUGCUCAGCACCUCUGUGUGUCAUGUGUCAGGCCUGAGACUGGGGCACCCAAUCCUCACUCUUUCCAAGGGCAUAGCCCCAGGCCCGGCUGUGACCCUCUGCUGGGCCUAGAGAAGAAGCCUUUUUUUUCCCCAGGCCUCGGUCCCCACUGGUCCUCCAGAGCCACACGGAAUUGGGAGUGUCUGGUCUCCACCUGGUCAUUGUGGGCCCCACCCCAGGAGCUCCUGCCCCCCCAGCCCCACCCCUUCCUCCCCAGAGGCAGCACUGCCUGAAGCUUUUGUUUCCCCUCAGGGUGGUUCUUAGCUGAGGUCACAGACUGCAGGGGAGGAGCCAGAAACAAAGAUGAAACCCAGGGGCCCCCACCUCCAGCAUGGGGCUAAGGUCAGAAACCACCCUCCCAGGCCACAGCCUGCCCCAUGUGGCCCUGCCUGCACCCUGGCAGCACCUGUUCUCUGACCCUUCCCAUUCCCAGGGCCCUGGCCUCCACAGUCACUUCCCAGGGUUCAAAUCCCUGCUGCUCCCAAGGCUACCUGCUGCCCCGAUAGAAUCUAAGCCCUUCCUCCAGUACUGGAGGUCUUCCACCCCUUCCCCGCCCUGACCACCCCCUCCCUAGCUGUUCCUCUGCCCCCAAAGCUCUUCCCAUUGGCGGCCCCCAUGCCACCCACAACCUCCCGUGAGCUGCCAUUGACUAUUAGCUUGUGUCACUGUCUCUGCCCUAGAGCACUGGUUCUUGGGGCACAGCAUCCUUGUUCUCCAUGGUGAAGCUGGUGCCUCUACCUGGCAUAGCUCCCCUACCCCCAGCAGCUGCGUUUGCAGGAAGCCCAAGUAGGGGUGGACUGCAGAGGAAGGAGUUCCCGGCCUGGGAGGAGGAAGGGGAGAGAUGAAGCCAGGCUGCCUCCUAUCUCCAAAAUGACUCUAGGCCUGGCUGGGGAGGGGGUCUUUUUCUGGCUUUCCUCACUGACUCUGCCCCCCCCAGCUGGUGGGUUCCUCCAGCUCUCCUCGGCAGGCAGGGCAGGGAGUGGCUGCCUAGUCCGGAGUGUGCAGGAGACCGGGGUGAGGGAGGCCUGUUUAACCAGCACCUCCUGCUUUGGCCUGCAGUUUGCCCAAGGAGCUCUGCAGAGCGACUAGGUUAGGGCCUCGCCAUGUGGAAGACAGAGAAGGGUCAGGGCGGGACUAGGGCAAGAGGCCACUGCUCUGGGUGCUGUAUCCCAGAGGCUGCCUCUGGUAUGUGCAGAAUGGAGGAUGCCAUGGUCCACCCCAGACUUGGUCAGGGUACCCGAGUGUUAACCGAGUCCUACUUCCCCAGCACACCGAGGGGGUGGGCACAGUAGGGCGGGCUGGCUGGGGACGAGCACUGCAUCAUGCUCCGCCAGUCCUGGCCUGGGAAGCCCGGACUUGGAAAGCAGGUCUGCCUUUGGGCAACGCGAGCCCCGGGCUGUCUGGCAGGCUGGGCCCAGGGCUGCAGCCCUCACCUGGUGCAGGAUGGCAGUCCAGCCCGGCUGCAAGUUGUCUUGCACCCCUCGUAGCACGUGAGCUGCUGCCCCCCUCCCCCACAGUCGGCCUUUCCUGGCCCCAGGGUGCUCCUGGGUUUCAUCUCCUGGCUGGUGGCGGAGGAUGCACCCCCAGGGCCUCGAGCUUGGAGGCCUGGGGCCGGGAGGUGGCGCCCCUGGCGUGGCCCUGAGGGAGGGCUGAGAAUGGCCACCUGGUGUCGUUCCCACCUGGGCCACCAGGUGGGUCCUGCUAUCGCAAGGAAGCCACACCUGCCAUCUUUCGGGAGCCCUGACUCACCCCGAGUGCCUGGAGGGACCCCUGCCUCUCCUUCUGUCACUGGGUGGAGCCAGCCCACUGAGUCACCACCGCACAUUCAACAGAGAUGGAGGCAGGGCUGCCCUAGGCCAAGGCUGACUCAGGAAGGUGGGAUGGGGUCACCUAGGGCAGUGGAUGAUGGGGUGGUCCGGUCCUCCACUCAGUGCCAGACCUGCAUGACUUACCCCAGAUGUCUGGGAUCCCUCGUGUGACCAGGGACAGAAGGCCCCCAGCAGGAGGACCCUGGCCCUGGGUGUGGGGCGUUUUUCCGGUGCUCUGCUCCCCGCAGUGGAUUGCCCCUGCUAACUGCCAGUUCCCAGAAAAGGAAAGGGAGGGGUGGAGAGGCUGGCCGGAGGCCACCCAGCAGGAAAAGAUGGCUCCAGGGCUGGAGGGGUGGCACUCAGCCUCACACAUGCAUGCUGGGACAGAGGCUUCUCCAGCUCUCCCAGGGCUGGGCCAGGUCAGGCAGGGGCCUCCCCAGAGUUGUGCCCCAAGGGGCCAGGUUGUUUGGGGCUGGACUGGCUCCUGGAAAGUAAGGGGUCAGUGCCGGGCCGGGGGUGUCCAGUCCCACACCAGGGCAGUCCUGCUUCUUCUGGAGCUGUGGGGAGCCACAGGAAGGUCUGGGGUAGGGGCUGCGGUGAGAGAAGACAGACCCAGAAGGUGACCCUGAAGGAGGAGAGCAUUUUUUCCUCAUGUAAUCCAAGAUCACAUGCUGGGGUCAUGUCAUGACCAGGGAAGGACAGUGGUUGGCCCAACCCAUGUGUCUGCUUGGUCUGUGGGAGGGAAUCACCCCAGGGAGUCCCCCGCCUGGCCCCAACCCACAAAAAUACCUGGGGCUCUCCUGAAGGUUAACUGCGCCCAGCACCUCGACAGGCUCCAUUUCCUCUAGUCCUUAGAAGAAGGCAUCCUUUGGGUGAGCCCCUAAGUGAGUGUUGAGUUUGCAUAUCUGCAGGUACCUUGAGCUCGCCCCCCUGGAACUGGCAGUUUGGUGAGGAAUGGAAUUUCAAGUUGAGAACUGGCCUUGGAUUUUGAAGGCUUAGCCCUCCUGUCUCUUGCCGGCUCUGCUGCUGCUGAGAAGCAAAUGUCUCGAUUCCUGAGCCAAAGUCGAGGUUGUUUUAUGUUUCUCUAAGAGCUUUCAGGCCUUUUCUUGCUCAUCUAAAAUGGCUUAAUGUCCCUGGUGAUGCUUUUGCAUUCAUUAUCUUGGCCACUUCCUGAGCCCUGUUUUUGGUAAUUUUCUUGUAUUAUUUCUUUAGCAAUUUCUUUUUCUUCUCUUUUCUGUUUGCCUGUUUUGGGAUUUCUGUCAACUGGGUAUUAUACCUUCUAGAUUCUAUAAUAAUUAGUUUUUUCUUCUCUUUUUUUAAACUUUCUGGGAUAUUUCCUUGGCUUCUAACCCUUGAAUGGAAUUUUUCAUUUUAUUUAUUAUAGAUUUUUAACCUUUUGUUUUUGAGAAAAAAAAAAGUUUUUGAGACAGUGUCUUACUUUCACCCAGGCUGGAGUACCUUGGGGCCAUCUCAGCUCACUGUAGCUUCUACCUCCCAGGCUCUUCCCACCUCAGCCCUCUUCACCCCCCAGCAGCCAGGACUACAGAUGCAUGCCACCACACCUGGCUAAUGUUUGUAGUAGAAAUAGGGUUUCACCAUGUUGCCCAAUCUGGUCUUGAACUCCUGAGCUCAAGCAAUCCACCCGCCUGGACUCCCAACGUGCUGAUAUUACAAAUGUGAGCCACCACACCCAGCCUUUGUUUUGAAAUUUCAAACUUGCCUAGUUAUAAACAUCUUUUUUUUUUUUUUGAGAGACAGAAUCUUGCUCUGUCACCGGGCUGGAGUACAGUGGCGCAAUCUCGCUUCACCGCAACCUCCACUUCCUGACUUCAAGUGAUUCUCCUGCCUCAGCCUCCUGAGUAGCUGGGACUACAGGCACAUGCCACCAAGCCUGGCUAAAUUUUGUAUUUUUAGUAGAGAUGGAGUUUCGCCAUGUUGGCCAGGCUGAUCUCGAACUCCUGACCUCAGGUAAUCCGCAUGCCUUGGCCUCCCAAAGUGCAUGGUGCGUGCCACCACACCCAGCUAAUUUUUGCAUUUGUGGUAGAGAUGGGGUUUCACCAUGUUGGCCAGGAUGGUCUUGAUCUCUUGACCUUGUGAUCUGCCUGCCUCGGCCUCCCAAAGUGCUGGGAUUACAGGCUGAGCCACGCGCCCGGCCGUUUUAUACAUCUUGCAUUUGCUUAUCAUUCUCCUCUCUGUGUCUGAGCCAUUUGGAAGCAGGUUUUGGGAUGAUGCCCUUACUGUUUUUGUGUGUGUUUCCUAAGAGCAAGGAUGUUGUUUUCUAUAACCAGGCUCCAAUGAUCUAAAUCAGACAACAUCAGCAUCACAGUGUGUAUCCAACUGGCAGUCAGUGAUGGCAUGGACCAUCCAGCUUCAAUAAUGCUGCUUGUCCCAGUGGUGUCCUCCAUGGCCUUUUUUCCUCAUCUAAUCCAAGAUUAUGUAUUACAUUUUGUUGUCCUAGACUAUCUUUUUUUUUUUUUUUUUUAAAUGAGAGUCUUGCUCUGUCAUCCAGACUGGCGUGCAGUGGCGUGAUCUCGGCUCACCACAACCUCCAUCUCCCAGGUUCAAGCAAUUCUACAUCAGCCUGCCAAGUAGCUGGAAUUACAGGCACCUGCCACCACACCCGGCUAGUUUUUGCAUUUUUAGUAGUAACAGGUUUCACCAUGUUAGCCAGGCUGGUCUCGAACUCCCGACGUCAGGUGAUCUGCCUGCCUCAGCCUCCCAUGGUGCUGGGAUUAUAGGCUUGAGCCAACACUCCUGUCCAAACUAUCAUAUUUUUAAUUCCCAAGGCCUCUGUUGUUUUCUUCACCAUUUCAUUAAUUAUAGGCAAUGAGACUUUUUUUUUUUUUUUUGAGACAGAGUCUUACUCUGUCACCAGGUACCAGGCUGGAGUACAGUGGCGCAAUCUCAGCUCACUGCAUCCUCCACCUCCCAGGUUCAAGCAAUCCUCCUGCCUUGGCUCCCGAGUAGCUGGGACUACAGGCAUGAACCACCCACACCCAGCUAAUUUUUUGUAUUUUGGUAGAGAUAGGGUUUCACCCUGCUGGUCUCGAUCUCUUGACCUCAUGAACCAACCACCUCAACCUCCCAAAGUGCUGGGAUUACAGGCGUGAGCCACCUCACCCAGCCCGAGACUUUUUUAGAAAGCAGACUGGCAUGGAGUGGCAUUGUCCCCAGGGAGCUGGGUGACCCAUGAUGGUGACUGUGUGCAGAGACCUGCUCACUACAGAAUGGUAAAUGGUCCAUUUCUGUUUUGUCCCAGAAGUGAGAAAUAGAGUAAAUUCCUUUCCUUUCCCCAGCAUGGUUCCUGGCACACAGUAGGUACUCUCUGGGCACCUGUGACGGCCUGUUGUUAUGUGACUAACCUUGUAGCUACCGGCGUGUGGUGUUACGUGUAGGCAGGGCAUGUGCACACCUGUGUGUGUGUAGAUGCAGGUGGAUGGGCUGUGCAGAGGCUACCACCUGCAGAGCUGAGGGCUUUCCAUGCCAGGUGUCCAUGUCCGUGGUGCUCAGGGGUGGGAGGCUCACCCCAGUGGUUGUGGGGCAUCUGGGCUGGUUGAGACACCUUUGAUUCUGGCCUCAGGGUCCCUUUGGGGACUUUUGUCCUUGGUGGGGCGCAGAGUUUUCUGGCAAGGCCUAGAGCCCUCCCCAAGGGGCUCUUCCUCCCCUCCCCUCCAGGCACAGCCCCUGACCAGCACCUUAUGAUCUCACAGAGAGCAAAAGCCAGGAGACUUUGUGGGCUUUCCACCCUGAUGGUCCCAAGGGGAGGCCCGGAGCAGCCAGCAAUGAACAAACGGCAGUUGAGGAAGUGGCCUGCUCGGAGGGGCUGGGAGAGGAGAGGGUCCCUCUGAGCAGGUAGGAGACCACGCUGGAGAGCCCCUCCCCAAGCUCUUCAUUCAACUCUGCCCUGCCCCCUGUCUGGCCAGUGGAGCCUGUCACCCUAAACCUGGCCUCAGUAAACCAACCCAGGUCGGAGAAAGAGUAGUGCAGCCCCCUCGACAGUGUAAGCGGAACUGCGGCAAGGCCGAUAGCUCAGCCAUGAAAAAAUGAUGAGGCUGCUGGGCUGUGGGCCUGGGCUCAGGAGUGGCAUCGGGGGCUGGGCCCUGGGAGCAGCCGUGGGGCCAGGAGUCAGGACAUCAAGGCCCAGUGUGCCCAGCAGGGGGGCCUCACCUGGAUGCAGGACCAGGGGUCAGCAGAGCCUGGGCAGGGGCCUAGCAUGGCGAUGAGGGGGAGGGUGGAGCACCUGGGAACCACUGGGGACAGAGAUGCCUACAGGAGUGGCAGCAGUCAGGGCCUGGCACCAAGAUGGGGGCUCCUUCGAUGCCUGUGGGGACUAGUGGUCCUCAGCCCCAGGGCUCUGUUUCCAGGGCUCCAGGCCAGCAGGGUGGGGAGCCACCUCUCCCCUAGCUACACACAUGCAGGCCUGUGCCAGCUCACACCACCAGGGCACCCAACCGGGAGCACGUGCUGGUCACCAUGGCAGUAGACAGUGUGCCAGCAGGAGCCCAGGCUGGGCUGUAGCAUCUGGGAUCAGUGGUCUAGGCAUGGGGGACUGGGGUCCUUCCCCUUGUAGCACCAGAGGGGCUAACUGAGUGAGGGGAAGGGGGGCCCUUCAACACCAGGGCAGCCCAUCCCCCAGCACCCCAGACAGCGAAUGGUUCCCUGAGAGUUCUCAGGAAAGGCUGGGUGGGGGGAUGGGGGGCACCAGGGGCCUGUGGGGGCACACGGCUUCCUGGUCCCACCACAGCUCUCUCUCUAGCUGGCCCAGCACUGAGAGGGAUGGAGGCUGAGGCUCAGGCCUCAGGGGAGGCCUCCAGUGAUGCUGAUGGCUGAGGCAUUCCUUGCCCUCUGGGCCCAGCUGGAGCCAGGGGGUCUGCCACAGCUGGCUGUUCCCUGGAGCAGGUGGCUGGGGGUACUGCUACCUCAAACACCCUCUCAAGUGCCCACCAGGACAAGGCAUCCCUCCUAGGUGCAGACCUCAGCCUGCGCUUCAGGAACACACGGGGCAGACACCUCCACCCACCGGGUUCAGAGGAGAGCCAGGGUGGGGUGUGGAGCUCUCAGAGUGGCAGUGGCUUUGAAUGUCCCCAGUACAGCACAGGUCAGGAUGGCAGGCGAGUAGUACCCCAUAUGAGUGGGUGCGUGGCAUCUCCAGAGGUGUGGCCACAGGGCUUUGUGGAAGUCGAUGGGAAGGGCUCCCCGUUGUCUGAGAACACUGCGGGGGUAGGGGUGGGGAGGGGAUAGAGCACCCCAGCCCACCACAGGCCCUUGUGAGUUGUAUAUUUCUGCAGGAAAUGCGUAGGACCCUGGAAACAGCCUCUCUUGGGCAGUGUACAACCUGGGCUCUUGGCUGGGAUCCAGGAUGGCAUUCCAGGGUCCAAGGCUGGCCCAGCAGGUGACCCUGUUGGCAACCUUUGCCCACCUGGUCCUUGUGGCCCUACACACACACACACAUACACGUGCACGACGCUGUGCCCGUCGGCAGAGGCUCAGCCAGCCCAUCACACCAGAGAUUCGGGCCCCUGUGCUGUGGUCCCAGCUACUCAGGAGGCCAAAGUGGGAGGAUCACCUGAGCCCAGGAGGCUGGGGCUGCCAUUGGCCACGACAGCACCACUACACUCCGGCCUGGGUCACAAAGCAAGACCCUGUCUCUAAAAUAAAUUUAAAAAGAACCAGAUGGCUGGGCAUGGUGACUCACAGCUGUAAUCUCAGCACUUUGGGAGGCCGAGGUGGGUGGAACGCCUUAGGUCAGGAGUUCAAGACCAGCCUGGCCAACAUGGUGAAACCCCUCUCUACUGAAAAAACAAAAAUUAGCCAGGUGUGGUGGUGGGUGCCUGUAAUCCCUGCUACUCUGGAAGCUGAGGCAGAAGAAUCACUUGAACCUGGAAGGCGCAGGUUGCAGUGAGCCAAGAUUGUGCCGCUGCACUCCAGCUGGGCGACAGAGUGAGACUCCAUCUCAAUAAUAAAGAACUAGAGUCAACAACCUCAGACACUUAUUAAGGACCUGCUCUGUGCCAGAAACCUUGCUGGGGAUCCAGAGGAAACAUGAUCCCAGCAGGUGGCUGGGCAGGAGCCUGGGGUCCUGAGGUGGAGGUGGAAGGGACUGGGAGCCCUGCAAACCCUCCCUGCAAGGAAGCGUGGCCCAGGUGCCCACCCUUCAGUUGCCCUCCCCUGGGGCCCGAGAGUCCCCCGUAGCUCACACACCUGGGUCAGUGCCAGGCAGCCCUGCCCAGCGCGGAGCUGUAGGCCCCAGAAGUGAUGAGCCAUCAUCACUUCUGGCUCUGCCACUGAGAGGCUGUCCAGAGCCAGGCCCACUUAGUGCCUGGCGGCCAGGCUUGCUCCUGCUAGGCACCUGAUGCCUAAGCACCCUGCCAGCCCAGGCAGCGCUAAUGAGGCUUCAUGCCAAUCAGAGGGACAGGCCACCCCGGGUUCCUUCACAGCCUGGCUGGGUGUUGGAGCGUGGAGGUGUAGCCAGUGUCUGCCUGGGGUAGGGGGACUAUGGGCACAGCUACCCCUCUGGCUUCCCCCACCACUCAGACCAACUGAGCUGUGCCCUCAAAAUCCAACAGAAGACUGGGCACUGUGGCUACUCCUGUAAUCCCAGCACUUUGAGAAGCCAAGGCGGGCAGAUCACUGGAGCUCAGGAGUUCGAGACCAGCCUGGGCAACAUGGCAAAACCCCUUCUCUGCUAAAAAUGCAAACAUGAGCUGGGUGUGGUGGCAAGUGCCUGUAGUCUCAGCUAUUUGGGAGGGUGAGGCAGGAGGACUGCUUGAGCUCGGGAGGCAAAGGUUGCAGUGAGCCAAGAUUGUGCCACUGGACUCCAGCCUGGGCGACAGAGUGAGACCCUGUUCCAAAAAAAAAAGAUCCAAGGGGAAAUUGAGGUUCAGGCAGCACCCCUGACUUGUGCCCCUAAACCAGAGACUCUUCCCUGGCUUGGGUGCUAAGCCUGGGUCCUCACCCCUGGAAACUGUGGCAAGUGUGUGUGGGCAUCAUCGUCUCUGGAGAGGAGGCACAGCUCCAGAUUGCGUCUUCCUAGGAUGGGGCCUGGCUGCGCACACAGUAGGUGCCUCAUAAGCACAUGUGAAUCACAGAGGUGGGUGAGGCCAGCACACAGGGAGAGGUGAGACCAGCCCCCAGAGUGGCGGCGUGCACAGUGCUAUGGCGGGCAUUUGCAUGUGGGAAUCUCUCCGCCUCCACCCUGGCCCCUGAGCAUGGGGACUGGGGACAGUGUCUGCAGGUGCCUGGCACGGUUGCUGCCCAGGGCUUAGAGGACAGAGGAAGAACCCGAGUCUGUGCACACUCCACCACCAUGGUCUCCAGGGGCCCAGGCAAGGCCCCUUGCUUUUGGCUAGUCCCCUGCCAUAUGGGGACCCUAUGAUGGCCACUCAGGAGAUGGGGGGCCAGGAGGACAGGGGGGUGACUCCAGGCCAAGACUGUGGCCCCUGUUCCCAGUCCCCAGGGAGACCAGAGGGUCACCUGCUGUUAGGAGGAAGAGGACACCGGGCUGGCUCUGGCCCAGGGUGGGCAGCUCUGGUUUCACUCCUUGGCUCCGAACCCCUGAGGCAGGUGCGGGAGCCGGUCAGGCACAGUGAGCAGGGCCCAGUGCCCCUCAGGCUCUGGGGAAGGGUUGCAGCCAGGCAGCCCAGGGUGGGAGGUGCUGGGGACAGGUGUGACCCCUUCCAGUCUCUCCCAGCCUGCUGGCCUCAUCUUCUCCCAGAUUCCAAGGGCCACUGCUGGGAGCAUGGUGUGGACAUCGUCCCAUCAGCCUCCCAGAUCCACACCAGUAAAAACCCCGAAGUGAAGUGAGGUGGCUUCAUUCCUGCUCACGGCAGAGGAAGGGGCAGCCUCAGGGCCCAGUGCCCUGCUCAGAGCACAUGGGAGUGCUGCCCGCUUCUGCAGGGCUGCACCGGCACUGUGCUCCACCCUCUGGUGUGGGCAGUGGUCCCGUGGGCGUCAUGCUGUGGCCAGGACAGCCCGAGGCCUCUGACCCUGCCCACUUCUGCAGGGCUGCACAGGCACUCUGUUCCACCCUCAGGUGUGGGCAGUGGUCCCGUGGGCGUCACGCAGGGGCCUGAGCAGCAUGGCAAGAGGCCGGCCUGAGGUGGAGGCGACCUGGGCUGCAGGUUGUGGGUGGGGUCCUUGCUCUGCUCCUGGCAGCAGGAAUCAGAGAAAUAGUAACUGGAUCCAGCAGAGGGCCUGGUGGCCACUGAGGCUGCAGGCAGAGAUCGGGUUGCGGCAGUGCUGGGUGGCUUCUGUAUAGGGAAGGGCCGGGCUCGGCUGGGAGCCCACACGGGGGGGUCGGAGGAGGUGGGCAGGAACCAGAGAGGCCAAGAGGUGCAGGGCCAUGAGGAGGGGCACUGGGCCCACGCUGUGAGGAAAGGGGGUCCACCCUGCUCCCCAGCCCUGCAGGCCCUCAGGCUCUGGCGUCUGCAAUCCAGGAGUGGCUGAAAUCCAAGCCGGGGGUAAUGAAAGGCGCCACUCCUAAGCCGCACAUCUCUGAUCCGCCCUCCCCGCCUGCCCUCUGCUGCUCACUGGACCUCUAAGAGCUGCGAGGCUGCUGCAGCCGCGGGUCAGAGGCGGGUCAGAGCAGGCAACAGGUCCAUGACGCCCACUGGGUCUGGGGGCCACGAGCCAGCUGAGCAGAGCCAGGCUUCUGGGGGACUGUGGGGGCCGUGAGCACUUAAAGGGAGCGUCCCAGGCCCCUCCAGGGACCGGCCAGCCUGAAGAUGCCGACCAAUGGUCUGCACCAGGUGCUGAAGAUUCAGUUCGGCCUCCUCAAUGACACCGACCGCUACUUGACAGCCGAGAGCUUUGGCUUCAAGGUCAAUGCGUCAGCGCCCAGCCUCAAGAGGAAGCAGACCUGGGUGCUGGAGCCCGACCCCGGGCAGGGCACCGCUGUGCUGCUCCGCAGCAGCCACCUGGGCCGCUACCUGUCGGCCGAAGAGGACGGGCGUGUGGCCUGCGAGGCAGAGCGGCCGGGCCGUGACUGCCGCUUCCUGGUCCUGCCACAGCCGGACGGGCGCUGGGUGCUGCAGUCAGAGCCGCACGGCCGCUUUUUCGGGGGCACUGAGGACCGGCUGUCCUGCUUCGCCACAGCCAUCUCCCCGGCGGAGCUGUGGACCGUGCAUCUGGCCAUCCACCCGCAGGCCCACCUGCUGAGCGUGAGCCGGAGGCGCUACGUGCACCUGUGCCUGCAGGAGGACGAGAUGGCAGCGGACGGCGACGUGCCCUGGGGUGUGGACGCCCUCCUCACCCUCAUCUUCCAGAGCCGGCAAUACUGCCUCAAGACCUGUGACAGCCGCUACCUGCGCAGUGACGGCUGCCUAGUCUGGGAGCCUGAGUCCCGGGCCUGCUACACACUGGAGUUCAAGGCAGGCAAGCUGGCCUUCAAGGACUGUGACGGCCGCUACCUGGCACCCGUGGGGCCUGCUGGCACCCUCAAGGCCGGCCGGAACACGCGGCCGGGCAAGGAUGAGCUCUUUGACCUGGAGGAGAGUCACCCACAGGUAGUGCUGGUGGCUGCCAACCACCGCUACGUCUCUGUGCGCCAAGGGGUCAACGUCUCAGCCAAUCAGGAUGAAGAACUAGACCAUGAGACCUUCCUGAUGCAAAUUGACCAGGAGACAAAGAAGUGCACCUUCUAUUCCAGCACUGGGGGUUACUGGACCCUGGUCACCCAUGGGGGCAUUGAGGCCACAGCCACAGAAGUUUCCACUGAUACCAUGUUUGAGCUGGAGUGGCGCGGCCGGCGAGUGGCACUCAAAGCCAGCAAUGGGCGCUACGUGUGCAUGAAGAAGAAUGGGCAGCUGGCGGCUAUCAGCGACUUUGUGGGUGAGGGCCCACCUCGCCCGGCCUGGACAGGGAAGGUGACGGGAGGGACGGCGCAGCAGACGCUCUCCCCGCCAGGCAAGGACGAGGAGUUCAUCCUUAAGCUCAUCAACCGGCCCAUCCUGGUGCUGCGCGGCCUGGACGGCUUCGUCUGCCACCGCCGCGGCUCCAACCAGCUGGACACCAACCGCUCGGUCUACGACGUCUUCCACCUGAGCUUCAGCGAUGGCGCGUACCAGAUCCGAGGCCGCGGCGGCGGGUUCUGGUACACCGGCAGCCAUGGCAGCGUGUGCAGCGACGGCGAACGCCCCGAGGAUUUCCUCUUCGAGUUCCGCGAGCGCGGCCGCCUGGCCAUCCGUGCCCGGAGCGGCAAGUACCUGCGCGGUGGCGCCUCGGGCCUGCUGCGCGCCGACGCCGACGCCCCGGUGGGGCCUGCGCUCUGGGAGUACUGAGGUCGCGCCCGGGUGUGCCUGUCGCGCAUUAAACUGAGUCUGUCCCGCAGCUGCGCGUGGGCUCCGGGGCGCCGCUUGGGGGGCCUGCAGCUGGAGGUGGAGGAGGCCCGCCGUUCUCCCCAUAGAGCGCCCAGAACAAGGACUUUGGCCCAGGAGGUGGCCUUGUGGAUGGGUGGGGUGACCCAAGCCGGUGGACGUGGGGAAGUCUUGAGGACCUGGGGAACAUGGAGGCUGAGGGUGGGUGGGGGACAGCCUGGGCGGGGUGAAGCCACCAACACAGAUCACAGAUGAUCUUACGACACCACGCCUCCCCAACCUAGGCCCUCAACCCUCCCUAGCCCCUGGCAGCUCCGUUCAGUGCUUCCUUCCUUUCUGGCACACUGCUCAAGGCCACGUGAGUGGCAGAAGGCGGGGGAGAGCCAAUCCUGGGGAGGUGGCACCCACAGCAGGAGGAGGAACCGGCUGGGAUGCCCCUCCCCUAAGCCCACCAGCCUUAGGGACAAAGAAGGGCAGGGUUUUGUGGGAAGGGGCUGGAACUGUCCCAACCACGUGGGCAAGGCAGUCCGAGUUAACCCUUGGAGGACCAGGCGCCACUUGGUCCAAGCUGGCAGGGAGGAGCAGUAGCCCUAGAGCUAGGGCUGUUCCCUGUGUGGUGCCUGCAGUGUCCCCUGGUGGCAGCCAAGGCUGGGGCAGGAGAGCUGGGGGCAGCAGGUGGAACCACAGUGACUGGCACUCAGCACCUCCAGGCUCCCCCCUCAGCAGAACCUUGGAGAGGGUCUCCCAGCACCACCCUGCCUGACUUGGCCUACCACUGCAGGAACCCCACUUCCAUUCACAUCCACAGCCUGGAGCGAGGCUGCAGGCAGAGGCUAGCCUGUGGAGGGUGGGGUAGGAGGUCAAAGAAACCCUUUCGAACAGGGAAUAAUGGCUGGGCCUGGAAGGGUGGGCCCCCUGCUGCUGCUGAGGGAGGUGGUGCUCUAUGCAGACAGCUGCCACGUGGUGUCCAGCAGGUGCCCCUGAGAGGAGGAGGAACAGCUGCUCCCACCCCACGUGUGAGCUGGGCUGAGGGUCAUGCAAGGCUACAGUGUCAAGCCAGGAUCUGAGCCAGAGCAGGUGGAGAAAGCUGGAAAGGUUGAGAGGCCACCCCUGGCACCCAGGAAGGGCCUCACAUAGGGAAAGCUCGGUGACAAGGGCCCAGGUGUGCACUGAGCAGGUGAGGGCGGGGAGGCUCAAGAUGGGCAGCAGGGCCGGCCACAGCAUGGUCCACAGGCUCCCUGAGAAGUUGACUGUGGACCUGCCACCUGCCUCUGAGGCCAAGCACUCCCUGAAUGCCCAGUGUUGACAGCAGGUUCCCUGGAGGUGGCUGUGAAUUGGAGGCAUUUCAGAGACCUGUACACUCCGGCAGCUGCCCACUGUGGUCCCCUUUCCUGCCUCUGUACAUUUCCUUUUUGUUGUUCCACGUGACCUGUCCUCUUGGCCCCUCAGGGUCUGUGCUACAGCUUUUUUGGGGCGCCCACACAGCAGGAUGUAUUUUUAAACAUACCAGUGCUGAUGCCUCUUCAAGGGUGACCCUGGAGCAUGCCCUGACAGAGGGGUUCAGGACAGCUGGGGAUGCUGUCUCAGACCUGAUGGCUAGCACUGCCUUAGGUCAGGAGCCUGCAGUGCCAAGGACAGCAACCUGCACCCCAGUGUGGCUCAUCCUGGUGUCUGCUCUUUCAUGAGCCACAGUGGUGCCCCCACACCCCCUGCACAGCUGAGGCUGACAGGGGUGGACAGUGCCACUCUGGACAGGCGGCAGCCCCGUGGAAGGCCCCUCAGGCUCCCAGCCUAAGACCUGCUGGCAUCCGGCUGGGGGUGGGGAGGUGAAUCCUGCAGGGGACCCAGAUCUGUCAACUCUGGGAUCCCUGUGGCCUGUGAAGGCAAGUGAAAGGUUGGCACAGUCCUGAACAGAUUCCAUCUGCCCUGUGGACAGGACACAGGCCCUGCACAGUCCUCUUCCCACUCAUCCAGGGCCUGUUAAGGAGAACCCACGGGCUUCUCUAGCCCCCUCACUCUCCCUGAUGCUCAGAAUAAGACAUGGGCACCAGCACUGGACAAAGGUCAGAGCCAGAGGCACCUGACCGGGGUGGCAGAGGAUGGCCCUGGAGCACGGUGGGAUGCUAAGAGGGGCAGGCCCUCCUUAGGGGUGGCUCACUCGGCCCCAGCUCUCCCCAGGAGCACAGGCUGCAGCAGGGCCGCGUUAGGAGUGUCACCAGCUGAGCCUGCUUCCUGGAUGUCAGCCCUGAGGGCGACAAACCCUGACUGGCAGUACCUCAUAGUCCCCUCCCACUCCUUGUAGAGGAAGGCAGGAGCAUCCAGGCAGUGCCCCAGGCCUCCUUGAAGGUGACUGGGUCACAGAGAAUGCUUCUUCCCUGGAGGCCACCCCAGUGCUGGGGGCUCCAAGCAGUGCAGUAUCUCUGAAGGGACACCAGAGAGAGGGUGGGAAGGGGUUAAAAAAAACAGCAGAGACCUGAAGUUUCACAGACAGGGUCAUUUGUCACAGCAGAGAAGCGCCUCACGGCUCCCACCCACACUCAUCAGACAGUGCCUGUGGUGGGAACGGCGCGAGCACCCACAGGAGGAAGGAUGAGGUCUCCCCCCCGUCCGAUGAAAACGCCAGCACCAGGAGCUGGGCAGUAGCCCAGGCUGAGGGAGGAGGCUGGGGGCUGGGGGCUGGAGCUCAGGGCACCCCCAGGCCACAGCCCCACCCUGAGUGGCCCUGAAAAUAGUGCACAGUGCUGGGUGCAGCCCGGCCGGAGGCCCCUCACUGUUAAGCGUUCCGGCCACAGGCCACCGGAUGGCCCUUCCUUGUGGCUCAGUGCCACGGGCACUUGCAGGAGCUGCCUGCAUGGUGCUUUGUGCUUUGGUUUCAGGGAGCUCCCUCCCACCUCGGGGUCCCAGAGUGGGCAGCUGGGCAGGUGUGACAAGGGUACCAUGGGUGCCUGACAGUGCCACCCACAGGGGCAGUGGUGCUCCUGGUGAAGUGGCAGCAACAGUUACAAACCAACCCCAGUCCAAACCCCAGAACCCCUGUUUUUCCAGCACUUGGGUCCAGAAUGUCCCCAUCACCUCCUGGCCCAGGGGCUGCUGCUGUGGCAGGAAGACGGUCAGCCAGGAGGAAAGCGAGUGUGGAGGCCAGUCAGGAGAGGAGCCACGAGCAGAGGAUGCGAAGCUGGACCCGCCAGGUUCACAGCCCGCCUCGGUAGCUCCCAAUCAGGAUCUGCUUUGCGUUCCACAGCCUCCAAACACUUUCCUGUUCUCCAUAGCCAGGUCACACCUUCCCCAACCUUCCACAGCUCUGGCCAGGCCCACUCAGCUUUCCUUGAAAACCACUAAGGCCCAGGGGGCUGUUAGAGAGUCUGGAAUCGAAGCCAGAGCCGUGGCCAGGGCAGCCCCGCGGGGUCACAGCAGGACAAGGCUAGGGUGUCGCAGCUGCCGGUACACCUGCAGCAGCCUCUGGGCGGUGGCGCAGGAGCUGGCCUCAUCCUCCGUACAGAGCCGGUCACGCAGGGUCUGCACCUCCCGCAGCAGCGUCUGCAGUGGAACAGCCGCAGCUCAGGCCCCACCUGGCCCUGGGGACGUCACUGGUGCCUUUGGGGGACCCACCACUUCAGGACCAUACUUGGGAAGUGGCAGGUGGUCCGAGGAAGAACCUUCAAACAUGGGAGACGCAGCCUGGCCUAGACACCAACCCUCAGGUAUGAUGAGGGGCAGGAAACAGCCGUGACCAUUCAACUCUGUCCCUGGCCCGUGGGAGCCACACUCAUGUGCUGUGAGGACUUCACAGACCCCAGGUGACAGGACGGGGGCCAGGUGAUUGGCGCUCCUGGCUACCCACGUGGAGGGACUGCCCAGGACCCUGGGUGACUGGACGGGGGCCAGGUGAUUGGCGCUCCUGGCUACACAGGUGAAGGGACUGCCCAGGACCCCAGGUGACUGGACAGGGGCCAGGUGCUCACCUCGUGGUUGGCAUGGAUCUGGCGGAGAUACUGCACACGCAGAUCAGGAGCACUGGAGCCCUGGGCAGCCUGUUCUGUCACCAUCGUCUGGGGGUACACAGGACACACUGGAAGGGAUGUAUCCUAGCACCUGCCCCCACUUCCCUUAGAGCAGGGAGACUCUCUCCCUCUGCCCAGUUCUGCCUCCCAGCUUCGCCCCCCAACCUGGCACUUUGCUGUGUUUUCCACCCUGCUGUUCACCUCGACUUCCUGCCCUCCAGAGUGGCAGGGCAGAGCCCCUGGCCUGACGGUUUCUUGGAAAUAAAUUUGUUUGGUUCUUUCCUCUCCA